GCAGUUAUUUGAAUGGAGGACUGAGGAGACUCUACAGUGACUGCCAGUAUGAGAUCCUGCCGUCUGCUUCUCACUGCCCUCUUGGCUCUAAUCCUCGUGCCCUGGCCCAGUCUUGGAGUGUCGUACUAUGGGAACAGUUUCUGCCGCAUCCACGCCGUUCAAGAUGUCUCCUCGUUCCAGCUGUCCCUGCAGUUUAAGACCAGCCAACGCAGUGGGCUGCUCCUACUGGCUGGAGGAAACAGGGACUACCUGGCCGUAGAGCUCAAAGAAGGCCGACUGCGGGUGCGAAUGGACAUAGGUUUUGGCGUCAUGGCGCUUUUUUCACCUGUUGGGCUACGACUGAACAACUUGGUAGAACACACGGUGAAGGUCACUCUGCAGAAGUCCAGCCUUGACAUGGCAAUCAACAACUUAUACAAUGACUCUCUAAGCCUCCCCUUAAUAGCUCAGGAAAGCCUUAACAUUGACUAUGGAGUCUUUUUGGGGGGUGCAGGUAGCAUGCGGGCAGUUUACUUGGAUGAAACCAUCCCGCCUCUACGAGGCUGUAUAAGCAAUGUGGUCUUCAAGUCCCACAACUUUGACAUCUUGAAGUCAGAGCCAACAGAGUGUGAAGAGACCAAGGAAAUGUGUUCAAGUGAGUUUGAUGCCGAGAGUGGAGAAGCAAUCAGUUUCAUAAGCCCUGAUUCGUUCAUAUCAUUUCCAACAUGGACGCUGGCUGACUCCCGGCUACUGGAGUUCCUCAUGAAGACCACCAUCGAGGAUGCACUUUUGAUUUUCCACUCUGGCCAUCAAGAUGACUUUAUCGCACUUGGUUUGGUGACCGGCCAUCUCAAAGGUCUUGUCGACCGUGGGAGUGGGAUGAUAGUGUUGAAUAACACCAGAGUGCGAUUAGAUGAUGAUCAGUGGCAUCGUAUACAGGUUGAGAUUAACCAGAACAGGUUUGUUUUGACGGUGGACAGCCAUUCUACCGUAGCUUCACUAAGUGGUUCUGAGAUUCUGGACCUGACUGAAAACCUGUACGUUGGGGGUGUACCAGGGAAGAUGAAGGAAGUGUUUCGAAACAGUGGACUGUUCCCUCGCAUGGAAGAAGAGAUCACGUCAGAGUCCUUUAUCGGAUGUUUGGGGGAAAUAAAAACAAACGAUAGAGAAAGAACCCUACAACAUGCCUUAGUGACCAAGGACAUUCAUGUUAAAUGUGAAGGAGAUUACGAUUACUCAAGUUCUUAUGAAGAGACAGUUACAACAGCUUCUCCCAUUAGAAUCACACACCCUGAUUUCAUCCCCAAUGAAAGGCACUGUUACCCAGAUGACAACACCCCAGAGAUUUUUCGUAACAUCACAAAGCUCCUUGACGUCACUCCUCUGCUCGUCCCUCAAAGUGGAGAGGUUUUUCUUGACAUUCACAAUCUCCAGCCUACUUUUGAUUUGAACAAAGCUGGAGUCAGACAGUCUCAGAUUAUCUUCAUGCUUCAAAAUGAUCCUUGGUAUGGAAUAGUGGAUAUGAACAUCAACAGUAAGAGAGCCAAAAAGUUUACUCUUCUUGAUGUGGUCAAUAAAAAAAUAAAGUAUAUCCAUGACAGCGAUGAAAGAUAUGGAGAUUCCAUACAGUUGGAAGCUUUUAUAUACUCUUCUGCUAAUCUACCAGAGUGCUUAAAAACUUCCAGAAAGUAUGUCCUUCCAGUUAAAUUAAUACCUGUCAGUGACAUACCCCAGCUAAGUAAUGAAGUAAUCGCCAUUGCAAAGUAUGGGCGUACCCGCUUGAGUCCUAACCUAAUUAAAAUCAUGGAUUCUGAUAUCCAAUGUGAAGAGUUACUUGUCACCAUUACAUCCAAGACACCCACGGAAGAAGGUUAUUUGGAAAAUGCAGAGGACCCUGCGAGGAGCAUCAGUCAGUUCACAUGCAGACAUCUCAAAGAUGGGGAAAUUUACUAUGUUCACAAAGGCGGAAAUGUACAUCGGAUAGGCAUGCAGAUUUCAAAUGGACGUUCUACUGGUCCAGUUACUACCCUGAACUUGGAAGUCACACAACCCAGUCUGACCUUGGUCACAAAUACUGGCCUCUUACUGUCUCAGGGGGCUUCUUCUCCCAUAGGCAUUCAGCAGCUAUCAGUGUCAGCCAUACCGAGAUAUGGAGAUGUUCUGUAUAAUAUAACCCAUCCAUUGAAGCUGGGGAAGCUGGAAAUGUUAACAAGUCAUAAUGCAAUGAAGCAGGUGACGUCAUUCCGGCAAGCUGAUUUGGAGCAAGGUGUAUUGAGAUACGUGAGUACUAAGACAGAAGAUCAAGGGGAGAUAGCUGUGGAACGCAUUCAAUUUGAUGCCCACCUUGGAAAAGUUAUUCUGCCAAACAACACAUUUUUAGUUAAAAUUAUGCCAUCACAAAUAAGGAUGGCAAAAAUCAUUCCACUAGAGAUAAAACAGGGACAUACAAGGCUUAUAAAACACACAGAACUCGAAGCUGUACUGAAAGGGAAAAACAUGAAGGCAGAGUCUAUGAGAUAUUUCAUUGUAAAGGCCCCAACCAUGGGAACUCUACAAAUUCACAACAAAGACCUGACUCAGGGGAGCAGUUUCACUCAGCAAGAUCUCAGAAAUGGUUAUUUGAAUUACAAAGUAAGGGUCCACAGAGCUGUGGAUGUAGAAGAUCAGUUUCAAUUCCAAGUUUUUGCAGAAGAACAACAUUCUCCGGUGUACACCUACCCAAUAAAGAUCCUGGCUGACCCAGAUAUUCCAGUCUUAACUAACAAAGAGCUUAGAGUGAUGGAGGGUGGCGAGGGAAUCCUUAAUGAUGCCACUCUAUGGGUUCAGGCUCAAAACUCAACUGAUUUUGUGUACAGGAUCACAGAAGAUCCCAAGCAUGGCCGUAUCAUCAGAGAGUCUCCCCUUGGGCAAACUAGAUUUGAAGGAGCUAUUAGGGUGUUUAGCAAUGAGGACCUGCAUUUUAAUAGACUGACAUACAAGCAUGAUGGAUCUGAGAGCACUGAGGAUCAAUUUGCUUUUGCCGUUUUCAAACAAGCAAAGAGAGGCACAACUACUGAACCCCAGGAGAAAGAAGUCUUGAAGGGUGUUGUCAAAAUGAUCAUAUUUUCUGUAAAUGACCAUGUGCCCUAUCAGGUGGUCGACAAGAUCUUCAGCGUGGUGCGAAACGGUCAGCGCUUGCUGACUACGGACGACAUCCAGUUCCAAGAUGAUGACUCAGACUUCAAAGAGUCUCAACUUCUGUAUAUGCGUGCAGGAAUCCUCUCCGGGAACAUUGUAUCAGCCGAGGACAGCUCGCAGUCCCUCUUCCGCUUCACCCAGGCUGACCUUAGGGACAAGAAGGUCCUUUUUGUGCACCAUGGUGCAGACCGUGAACGGUUCCAGCUGCAAGUGUCUGAUGGUCGCCACAAGAUCACCGCCCUGCUUCAGCUUCAGGCCAGCGAACCUUAUCUCCAUGUGGUGAAUAACUCUAUGGCUGUAAUCAACCAUGGCAGCACCAAGACCAUCAAUACAAGUAUGCUGAGUGCUGAGUCCAACAUGGAUAUCAGAGAUCCCAGUGAGAUUGUAUAUGAGAUAACAUCACCCCCAAGUGAUGGAAGCGUUAUUGUCAGUGGAAUAGAAGCUUCUGUCUUCACUCAGGAAGACCUGAGAAAAGGUGUUGUGUCAUACCAGCAUGAAGAACAGAGCUUGAGGUCCAAGGACUCUUUUGCUUUUCAUGUCAAGUCUAAAGGCUUGUCUGAGAAUGGGACAUUCAGGAUAAAAAUAUUUAAGCAGGGUUACUUCUCAGAACCUAAGGUUAUAACUAACGAGAUAAUCUUAUGUUACAUGGGGGAGCACACUAAAAUAAGCGAAGAUCAUCUAAAGGUGGAGCAGGCAGACAUCUUACCCUCAGAGAUGGUGUUCACUAUCAAGGAGCCUCCUCGGCUUGGACAUGUGGUCAUGUCAAUGCAAAACCCAGAGAGCACAGUGUCACCCAACAUGGACUACAUUCACUCCUUCUCUCAGGAAGACCUGAACCAGAACAGGGUCUACUACGUCUCCUCGCUGGAGCUGGGCCAAGACAGCUUCAGUGUGGAUGUCAGCAAUGGCUUCACCACCUUGGAUUCCCUGAGGGUUUACGUGGAUAUCGUCCCAUCCGAAAUUCCAGUGCAGGUGGUGGACCUCGUAGUUACGGAAGGAGGCAGCACGUCUCUAAAUGACACUUUAAACAUCUCGCACCCCUUCUAUAGCUCCUCCAACAUUGACUUCAUUGUAGAUCAGACCCCACUACACGGAAACAUCCAGUUGUCUGACAACUUUAAUGAUUUGAGUGCCUUCACCUGGGAUGAGGUGAGGAAUGGCCAAGUCUACUACAUACAUGACGGCAGUGAGACCACCAGCGACAGAUUCACGCUGCUGGCAUACAUAUCCGAGACCAGCAGGCAGAGUCAGCCAAUCGACGUAAAUGUCACAGUCUCUCCUGUCAACGAUGAACCACCCAGAUUGAUUCGCAACACAGGGCUGGAGCUGCUUCCAGGGGAAGAAGCAGAAAUCACAGCCAACAUGUUGUACUCUGAAGAUAAGGACACCCCCCCGGAGGAGCUGGUCUAUUCCAUCGAAGGUUCCUCCAGUGGCAGAGUGGCCCUGAAGGCCUCGCUGGAGGAGGACAUCCGCAACUUCACGCAGGCCCAAAUUAUUAACAGCGAGGUCGUCUUUAUCCACACAGGAUCCCAGUCGGGAUGGUUUGGUUUCACGGUGACCGACCGAGAGCACACUUCACCCCUGUACCAUUUCAUUGUGAAGACCAGGGAGCUCACCAUCUCCAUGGAAACAGAGGGGGAGCUCUUGGUCUAUCCAGGCACAAGGCAGCCAAUCACGAACGACAUCCUGAAAGCCGUAACCAAUGAGGACGGAGACGAGAUCACCUACACCGUAAUAGGAGGGCCUAACCUGGGGAGGCUUAUCUCCAGUAAUGACAGAAACCAGUUUGAGGAGAUCUCCAGUUUCACCCAGUCUGAGCUGGAGUCUGGAUCUGUCUUCUAUGAGCACCAGAUGCCCAGCCAGCCCUUCUGGGAGGUACAGGAUGCCAUUCGUCUCCUGCUUUCUUCACGCCCAGCCCCAGACCUGCAGCACACCCUCCCUGUCACGGUGUCCUACGACUCGGAGGCGCGAGGCAAUGUCUCACAGCUCUGGAGAAACACAGGUCUCAGGAUCUUACAAGGUCACAAAGAUGUCAUUGACACUUCCAAGCUGGAUGCCUCCAAUCUGCUGGCCAGUGCCCCAGAGUCUCAGAGGAGCUCUUUGGAUGUUGUGUUUGAGGUGAAACAGUUCCCCAUCCAUGGGACACUCAUCUUGAGUGGUCAGGACCUGACACGAGAGGCCCCAUACUUUUUACAGGAAGAUCUGGAAAGCAGGGAGCUGGAGUACUUUCACCAGGAGACCGAAGCCUCCCCCGACAGCUUCACCUUCCGUGUACGGCUCAACCCUCAUGGGCGAGGCUUGCAGGCCCAGACAGAAUCGUUCAUAGAGGAGGCAUUCAACAUUUCCAUCAAGCAACAGAAACUUACCCCACCAAAACUGGACCUGAUACUGGAGGUUGUGCAGAGUUCUUUUGCAGUCCUCUCUGACAAAUACCUCAGUAUCACUGAUGAAGAUAAGUCACCCGAGGAGAUCGUCUUCACUGUUACCAAAGGCCCCAGCAAUGGCCACCUAAUGAACGCAGACACCAGGAAAGAUAUCAAAGUGUUCACCCAAAAGGACAUCAAUGAAAGGAGGGUGAUAUUUGUUAGCGAUGGCACUCUGGCCAAUGGAUUUAUGGAGUUUACAGCUUUUGAUGGCAGGUAUAAAAUGGAGGGGCUCUCCCUACACAUUGGCAUCCUGGCACGGACCCUGAAGCUCGCCAAAGCUGAGGAGAUCCAGGUAAAGCAGGGGGAUGAUGAAACUCCGAUCACAGAAUCCAUUUUGAAAGCAACCACAGGCGGGCCGAACCAGGAGGAUGUUAUUUACAAGAUCACAAACAAUCCCAAAUACGCUGCUGUAAUGGUGGACCGACAGCCUACCUCAGCUUUCACACAAAAGCAAAUCAAAGAGGGGCGGGUGAGCGUCCGCUUUGUGAAAUCCACAUCCCCAAGGGACAGUGUGGCGCUCGUAGCCAGGAGCAAAGCGGCUAAUGUCUCCACUGUUCUAAAUAUAACCGCAAAGCCUUUAGUGAAACUCCUUGAUAACCCGGUCCUACCACGAGGCAAAACCAUCUUAGUUAACCCUAGCGUUCUAGAUGCCUCAGCACUGGCAAACAAAACAAGGAAUGUUCCAAAUUUCAAGAUUAUCCAGCAGCCACAUGGAGCCAGGUUUGUUUGGAUCGAUGGGGAACAAAGACAGGAAAUAUACAACUUCUCCCAGAAAGAUCUGGAGGAGGGACGCGUGGGCCUGGAGAUUCGGAAUGACACUAGAGCAGGAGACCAGGUUCGCAGCAACCAGGCCCGGUUUCUCCUCGCGGCACAUGGUGUGCCACCUGCAGAGGGAACAAUGGCCUUCAGGACAGCUCCCUACAAUGCUUCAGCAACCUACAAAGCCAUCGUUCUCAAAGAUCCUCCCAACACUGUUCCACCGAGUCCAGAGCAGAGAGGAAAUGGGAUGUCCGCACGGAACAAUCUUUGGGCCAUCCUCAUUCCCAUUCUGAUUGUCCUUCUGCUUGUCGUUCUCGCAGCCAUGCUAGCAUACUACCUGGUGAGGCGGAACAAGACUGGCAAGCACAAUGUCCAGACGGUCUCUUCCAAGCCCAAAAAUGGUGAGGCUAACCCAGAAACAUUCCGGAAAACAGACCCAGCCAACAACAUUCCCAUGUCCAAUGUGGACUCCAAAGAGCCUGACCCAGAACUAUUACAGCACUGUCGAACAACAAACCCGGCUCUGAAGAAAAAUCAGUACUGGGUAUGAGAAUCUCCAACACGCCACCCAGAGAAACACUGAAUCUCUGCCAUUUUCAUACCUUUUAAAGCAUCUUGGAAUCAUUCCUUACAGUGUUACAGAUGUCUGACUAUAUCAGACUAUCAUGUAGCUAUGCCAAGAAGAUCCUUUAUAAUAAUAUUUGGUGCUUCUCCAGGCCUGUCUUGUGCACCAGUCCUCAGGUUAUAAAUCAUUGUUGAUGUAUUAGUGUAAAAAAGUCAUUUUUUAAAAUACGAAACAGUUUGCAAACAUGUGUUACGCGAUUACUAGACCUCUCCGAGAUUUUCACCAAGACAGAAAUGUUUAUAAAAGAAAAUAAUAAUGCAGCAAAAUGCUUCUGAAAGCUUUUUAAAUUCUGUUUUUAACUGUCAGCUAUACCCAAGUUCAGCAAACAAAUGGAGUAUUUUUGUGUGCUAAGAAUUUACUGUUUUUAAUGGGGAAAGGCUAGCGUGUACAUAGCAAAUGACUUCGCAUUUACUCCUCAAAAUAUGUAUGCUCUGAGGGAAAAAAAUCUGACAAACUACACCUUUGAGUAGUUUUUGUUUAUUUUUCUAUAAAUGUAUUUUUUGUUUGCUUUUGGGGGCCUUGGUUUUGGGCCCCACCGACUAUACGCUGCAGGUGAGUCCUGGACACCUGAAACACAUCGUAGAUUCACUGGACAGGCUGAUGGCACUGAAAUCCUCUCAGCAGAGUGUGUCUGUGUGAUCGCAGGCAGGAAAUGACUCAGAGGCAAUUGUGGUUGAAUCAUACCAAGUCACUGGCUAUAAGUGAUGUCAUUCAUAGCUAUAAUCCCUGUAAUCAAGUUGCCACAAGGUCUCGAUUUCUCUGUUUUUUUAAUACUUCGAGAUGGUUGCUGUAGUAGUGUGAAUUCAGGUCAUGCCAUCUCAGGCAAAGGGCUUGGCGUUCUGUGACAUGUUUUAACUAUUUGCCAAUGCAGAGCUCUGUCAAGGUUUCUUUGCCAUCAUUAUUUAGUCUUUUGUGCACUAAGAAAUAAGCAAUGAGAAAGAGGGAGAAAUGAAGGAGGAACGGAGCUUAUUAAGAAUAUAAUACUGAGUAUUAAUCUUUCAUAAAUUUUAGUGGAUUUUCUGUCAUUCUAAGGUCAGACAUUUUUGCUGUAGUUAGUGAGUGUAUUGUCUUAGUGAAGUUUCUGAGUAUGAAAUUAUUCUGUCAUUAGAUUCUUUAAGUGUUUUGGAGCAAAAUGUGGGGAAAAGUGAUGUAUAAGGUUGAAUUGAAUUGAUUUGGAAAAAAAGAUUUCGCAAAUAUUAGAGUCAUUACAGUUGGGUGGCUCAAAGCAGUGCUGAACAUGUUGGCCACAGAAUGGCAGCAGGAAUUUCUCGGUUUUAUCACGGCAGAGAUUUGCUGCAGAGCUGAGUUUUGAAAGAUCAGUGUCACUCCAAUCUCCACAUUACCGUUCAAGGUCGUAAUUUGUACGAGGACAGCAAAUGAUCAGGGAGUCCCGACUUUCGGCUGUAGGAAAUUAUGUCACCUUAAAAGAUAUUAACCUGUUUUGGGUGUGUGGAGUUAAGUUUCAUAUUCUUAAGUGACUGAGGAGAAAGAAGGGCUGUUGCAUAAAAGUGAUAAGCCUCCACUAACCUGUCAAUGGUUUUCAGUCCUUCACGUUAACAGUGUGCUUUGGUGUAGAAAACGUUGCUGGGUUAUAUUGGCUGUCUUUGAUAGCUAUGUCAUUUUGGCUACUCUCUACUGUGAGGAAUCCGUUUUUGCUUUUUUGUAGUUACUGCAAUGCCAGACUAUUUAAAAUAUUUAAAAGAAAGUAUUCCUAUAUGUUUCUGUAAUGAAGAAUUGCAUCAGUUACGGCUAGAAAGGUGCAUAGUUUGUAUUUGUGUAGUUGAUUUUACUGAUCAAGCAAUAUAAUUAAAUAGACUUUAAUAAUUCAGAUUCUGGUUUAUUCUCAUCAAUGAAAAAGGAAAGUUCAUAAUAUGGUAAUCAUGAGAAUAGGGAGAGUAAGAUUUCUUUCAGUAUCAGUUCAUAAGACUAUUUUGUAAGAUAUUUUUACGAGUAAGUCUCGCACAAAGUGAUUCAUGGUAGUUUUUCUAACAAAACAAAAAGCACAGAAAAGUCAAUAUUUGAUGAUUCAACAACCCUUUAGAAGAAUAGUAGUUUCCGUUGUAAAUAGUGUCGAAUGAAAGUCCAAAUGACAAAUACAAUUACAAGCAUGCAAAAUUCUCUUAAUGAUGGAUGACAACUAAUGAGGGAAACAGGUCAUGACCCAGCUGAUGGAAAAAGUGACUGAGAGGGGACCAACAGUUGGCAGUGUCAGUAUCCUGAGCUAUUUUGCCUGACUACAUCUAGUUUAUGAAUGAUAGUCUGAGAGUCAGCUACCCUCGAGUAGGAGGUGGAUGUGUGGCUCAGGCAAUUAGGUUGUCAUGCUCAGAAGGUUGUUUGUUCGAAUCCCAUGGUCAGCAGAAUAAUUUUUGACGUUGGGACCUUGGAUAAGACCCUUAACCCUAAUUGCUCCACGCACUGUCUGACCCUGCUCUCUCAAUUGUAUAUUGCUUUGUAUAAAGGCCAAAUGAUUAUUUUUAUGAGAAAAAGGGGAUUAAAUCGAUUCACAGAUAACCAGGUCAAAUUCAGAAGAGUCCAGGUGAAUCUAAGGAGAUUUCAGUGAGGCUGGAGAUCCAUGCAACUCCAAAAUAAGGCAUAGAAAAGCUAAUGGGAUUGUAUCAUGCAAUGACUCCGCGAGCGUUUAUAUGUUAGGGUUAUUACUACAGACGUGAAAAUAGGGAGUUUGUGUGAAUCUCGGGCAUGAGUACCUAGGCUACUCUAUAAAACAGGAGUUAUGUGUAACAAUACUCUGCUACCUUCUGUGGUCUCAGUCAUUACUAUUAUGUGAUAGCCAGCAUCUAAUGCUAAACAUUAUAGAGGUAUAUCUUCAAAAUGUACUCAUGCAAGCCUGCUUUAGACUUUCAAGGCAAUAAAGAGUAUUUAUAUACUAUAUUUGACAGUAUAGGGAGAAGAAUACAGGCCUAAAAUUCAUACAUUUUAGUGCUGGUAAGAUUUCUGGCAGAAGACAUUCAGGGAAGUGUUUCACGGGCAGAUAACAGAGCAUUGCAAUAAGAUCUUCAAGGUAAUUAAUACAUUUCAUCAUUUUUAGAAGGUUUCUGAUGGAGGUUUCCUCUUCAGUUGUAGCACCAAGGUCUUUUGUUGAGAUGUCGGCAUCGACCAGCCACAGUUCGUGCUGAGAAUGUAUGUCUGAAUGACUAAACAGGCAGUAACAGCAUUUCUGCCUCAUCAGAGUUCAGCAAAGGAGUUUCUUCUAUUCUGUCCCAGUAUAAAUGGUGAGCAAUGCGCUCAAUGGCACCUGGUCUAGAAGCCUGGGGGCGGGAAGGUUCAUAGAAAGUGCUGAGAGACGCCAUUUCUGUGUCAUGUGCCAAGCAUGUUAUGCUAAUCAUGGGACCAAAAACAGUCCAGGGAAACACAGCUCUGCAAAACUGCCCAUAAAGAAGGAUGGAGUGAGAGGGGCCUGCAGUUUGCUAGAUCAAAUGGAUCCACCAGAAGCGCACAGCAGUUAGUUUAUGGCACCUCAUUCACAAACCCUGGCUGAGAGCUAACUGAGGUAUCUCAGUAAAUGACUUCCUGUAUGUCCUCAGACUGCCUGAAAGUUACCACAUCCAUUACGCUGGGCUUGCAUAUUCGACAUGCAGCUCCUGUCCUUUAAAUUCCAAAUGCCUCUGCGUACCGCAUUAAAAGUCUCUUUCAAUUUUUAAUUACCUGCUUCACCCCAGAUACCGAUUACUACACUCCUUUACAAAGUUCUCUGAAGGCGGAAACAGUGUUCCUUCCAGUCACUGGUAACGUAUCCACAGUUAGUCAUAUUUUUGUUACCAGUGACUCGUUCAAUUUUUCAUUAGUGUUGCUGCAUGGGGGGCAGAUUAAGACAUAGACUAUCGCAGGUUAUAUCUUAGGGCCCUGGCAAACAUCAGAGCCCUUCCCUGCCUCAGAAAAAAAUGGAACUGUUAGUUAAAUUGGUAACACAUGGGUGUUCAUGCAGCUAUCAACCUUGGGCCCCCACAUAAAUUAAUCUGACCGAUUAUUUUUUUUUGUUUGCAUUUUGAUCAUGUAACUUAUCUGAUUGCUUGGAAAAACAAAACCAUGUAUAGAGGUACAGUUAUACAAAGAAAUAAAGAAACAAAUUGACACUA